GUCGCGUCGGCCCGAGGCACUCUCGCGAGAAGAGCCGUGCAGGCCGGGAAAAUGGCGCUUCCCAGUCCCGGAGAUCCCAAAGCCCCGUCGACAACAAGCGCGGCCAAGUCCGACGGAGAGAUGGUGCUGCCGGGCUUCCCGGACGCAGACAGCUUCGUGAAGUUUGCUCUUGGGUCAGUGGUGGCAGUCACCAAGGCAUCUGGGGGCCUACCACAGUUUGGCGAUGAGUAUGACUUUUACCGAAGUUUUCCUGGCUUCCAGGCAUUUUGUGAAACACAGGGAGACAGGUUGCUUCAGUGCAUGAGCAGAGUAAUGCAGUACCAUGGCUGUCGAAGCAACAUUAAGGAUCGGAGUAAAGUGACAGAGUUGGAGGACAAGUUUGAUUUACUAGUUGAUACCAAUGAUGUUAUUCUGGAAAGAGUGGGUAUUUUACUGGACGAAGCAUCAGGUGUGAAUAAGAAUCAACAGCCUGUCCUCCCCGCAGGGUUGCAGGUCCCCAAAACAGUAGUGUCCAGCUGGAACCGUAAGGCAGGAGAAUAUAGCAAAAAAACAAAAUCUGAAACUUUCCGGCUGCUUCAUGCGAAGAACAUCAUCCGACCUCAGCUUAAAUUCAAAGAGAAGAUUGACAAUUCCAACACGCCAUUUCUUCCUAAAAUCUUCAUUAAGCCCAAUGCUCAGAAACCCCUCCCUCAGGCGCUCUCUAAAGAAAGGCGGGAGCGCCCACAGGAUCGGCCCGAGGACUUGGAUGUCCCGCCUGCCCUGGCAGAUUUCAUCCAUCAGCAGAGAACCCAGCGGGUGGAGCAGGACAUGUUUGCACAUCCUUAUCAGUAUGAGCUAGAUCACUUCACUCCACCAGAUUCAGUGCUUCAAAGGCCACAACCCCAGUUAUACAGACCCGUGGGAGAAACACCCUGCCAUUUUGUAUCCUCCCUGGAUGAACUAGUGGAACUCAACGAAAAGCUCUUGAAUUGUCAAGAAUUUGCUGUAGACUUGGAGCACCACUCUUACAGGAGCUUCCUAGGGCUGACCUGCCUAAUGCAGAUUUCCACCCGAACAGAAGACUUCAUCAUUGACACCCUGGAGCUUCGAAGUGACAUGUAUAUUCUCAACGAGAGCCUCACAGACCCAGCUAUUGUUAAGGUCUUCCAUGGUGCUGAUUCAGACAUUGAAUGGCUACAGAAAGACUUUGGGUUGUAUGUAGUGAACAUGUUUGAUACACAUCAGGCAGCACGCCUUCUUAACCUGGGCAGGCACUCACUCGAUCAUCUGCUGAAACUCUACUGCAGUGUGGAAUCAAACAAGCAGUAUCAGCUGGCUGAUUGGAGAAUACGACCUCUGCCUGAGGAAAUGCUCAACUAUGCCCGCGAUGACACCCAUUACCUGCUUUACAUUUAUGAUAAAAUGAGGCUGGACCUGUGGGAGCGAGGCAACGAGCAGCCUGCGCAGUUGCAGGUGGUGUGGCAGCGGAGCAGGGAUAUCUGCCUCAAGAAAUUCAUCAAACCUAUCUUCACGGAUGAGUCCUACCUUGAACUGUAUAGGAAGCAGAAGAAGCAUCUCAAUACACAGCAGUUGACAGCCUUUCAGCUGCUGUUUGCCUGGAGGGAUAAAACAGCUCGUAGGGAAGAUGAAAGUUAUGGAUAUGUACUGCCAAACCACAUGAUGCUAAAGAUAGCUGAAGAACUGCCUAAGGAGCCUCAGGGCAUCAUAGCUUGCUGUAAUCCUGUACCACCUCUUGUACGGCAGCAGAUCAAUGAAAUGCAUCUUUUAAUCCAGCAGGCUCGAGAGAUGCCCCUGCUCAAGUCUGAAGUUGCAGCUGGAGUGAAGAAGAGUGGACCACUGCCCAAUCCUGAGAGAUUGGAAAAUGUUCUCUUUGGACCUCAUGACUGCUCCCACGCCCCGUCAGAUGGCUAUACUAUCAUCCCAACCAACGGGCCUGUGCCAGUGCAGAAACAGGCAAGCCUCUUCCCUGACCAAAAGGAAGAGGAGGCCCUGCUGGAUACCAAAUGCCUGCUUGCUACUGCUGUCAUCACGUUGUUUAAUGAACCUAAUGCAGAAGAAAAUGGAAAGGGUCCGUUAACAGUCGCACAGAAAAAAGCCCAGAACAUAAUGGAGUCCUUUGAAAAUCCAUUUAGGAUGUUUCUGCCUUCACUAGAACACCGCGCUCACAUUUCUCAGGCAGCAAAGCUUGAUCCAUCAUCGAAAAUCUAUGAAAUCAGCAACCGUUGGAAGCUGGCAAGCCAGAUAGAGAUACAAAAAGAAUCUAAAGAAACUGCCAAGAAGAAGGCAGCUGAGCAAACAGCUGCCCUGGACCAGGCCAAGGAAGAAUACAAAGCAACAGCCGAACAGGCCGUGUCUGUCCGACAGCAGGCUGCACUAGAAAAUGCUGCCAAGAAGAGAGAACGAACGACAAGUGACCCAAGGACCACAGAACAGAAACAAGAGAAGAAACGACUCAAAAUUGCCAAGAAGCCAAAAGACUCAGAUCCACCAGAAAAAGAUUUUACCCCUUAUGACUACAGCAAGUCGGAUUUCAAGGCUUUUGCUGGAAACAGCAAAUCCAGACCUUCCCAGUUUGAUCCAAAUAAGCAGACCCAGUCUGGCAAGAAAUGCAUUGCAGCCAAAAAAGUUAAACAGUCAAUGGGAAACAAAAGCAUGUCCUUCCCAAUCGGAAAGUCAGACAGAGGUUUCAGGCACAACUGGCCAAAGAGAUAGUGCUAGAAGAGACCCGUGGCAUCCCCCAGUGGACUGGAAGCACCAAGUGGUGGUGCUGGUUUUGUACAGACUCAUUUUUAAACCAUUAAAAAUAAUUCUUACUGGAAGAAAGCUGGUUCCUGAUGUUUCUUUUGCUGCCACCACAGCUCUGGCAGGAGAGGACAGAUCUCAUCCUAUUCAGAUCACCAUCUUCAGCUGUCUGUGGGUAAGACAGAAGGAUACUGUGAUUUCUGGAGAAAUCCCCCAAGGAGAAAUGCUGGAGAAUCCUCUGUGAUUCAGAAAAAGGGCAGCAUCCGCAAGGCACAGAGCACAAUGCUCAUCGACUCCAUUUUAAGAGGUUCUGUGGACCAUUUUACUUCCUUCAUCUGCCUUCAAAUAACGUGAAUGCAGCCAAAUGGUAAAAGAUACCGCGGGAAGAGUUGCUGGUAGGGGGCUUUAGAGCCAGCCGUGGCUUCUAGAGGGCUAGUCUCUUCUCUGUUCCUUUCUCUCCUUGUUUGUCUUCUUUAACUUUGUUUUUUCGCAGUUAAAAAGGUAAUAACAUGUUCACUGUAGGAAAUGAGGAAAAUAAAGAAAAAUGCAAAGAGAAAAAUUAAAUCCUAUGUAAUCCUAUCA